AUGGGUUUCGACGCGUCGUUGCUCAAAAGUGUUCUCGAGCAAUUUGUCGAUGAAAUAGGAGAAGAAUCAGUCGAUUUAAUUGAGGAUCGCCCUCGUUUUGCUCAUGCUGUCGUCGUUGUCACUGAUGAUGCAACAGGAGAAUUGUGUCAAGCGUCUUGUAUCAGACAACUCGAUGACGUUAUUCUUCAUGAGACAAGCGUCGCUAAUGUAACCUCUGAAUGGAUGGACGAGGAAAUUCAACGUGCACUCCGUGAGCUCACUGAGUCACGUGGACUUCUCGAUACCCCUCGUAACAGUGUAUUCGUGGAAGAGAAACACGAGAAUCAGAAGACUGUAACCACCACAACGACUAGUACGGAAACCAAUCGUAGUUCUAGUAGCCGAGUAGAGUUUCCGUCAAUGAAUCGUCGUACUCGUUCAUCUUCUGCUGCUCGUCGUUUCCACUGA